GCGUCGUCCAAUUAUACCUGUCGUGGAUCGUGUAACAAGAGAAGUUGCAGGAAAAUUGAAAAUGAAAGCAACGAAAAGAGCAGUUCUGUCAUUGAGUGUCCAAAUAACAACACAUUGAGUCCUCCGGGGUGGACUGUGAUUUGUAUCAAGAACGGAUCUGUCGUUUAUUUCAUACAGCACGAAAACAAAGCCGGAACAUUAUGUCCUCCUGUCCGUGCACUAUAGCGACGCGCACCGCGGUGGCGACCGCGGCGAUGGUGGGAAGUGCGACUGCUGUGGUAUCUCUAUGGAGGUGAUGAUGUUAUAAUGUGUCAUGCAGAAACGAGCCACGACCACGAGGUCGAGGUCGAGGACCAGAACUAUCAUGAAUGAGAGAAUAGAGAUUACUUCCACUACGAGAUCCUGAAUUGCACGCAUGAAGAAUGAAAUAAAUGUCAUAUCAGAUGGACCAGCAUCAGGAGGAGAAGAUGGAACACAAGUCCGUGGAUUUGGAUUACGCGGGAACUACAUCUGUGGACGCGACCGAGGACGCGGGUUUUUUUUCGCCGGAAAAUGAAGAAGGACAAGAAACCGAAACCCACACCAUGUCUUCACCUUCUCCGUCGGCCUUCCUCUUGCAGAGCGGGCGGUCUCCUUAUGAAGUCCUUGGCGUCACACCCAAUGCGAAUGCCGCCGAAAUAAAAGCUGCCUACAGACAGAAAGCACUGCAGCUGCACCCGGACAAGCAGGGGAAUGAAGGUCAAGGUGAUUCUGCAGCUUUCCAGGAACUACAAGACGCGUACGAAACCUUAAGCGAUCCGCAGCGGCGAGCGGCAUACGAUGCUGGUAUGACCUUCAUCAUUUUCAAAGUCAAACAAUAAAUCUAGCAAGUCUGACUUCACCUGCCUCUUCUUGCGUCAAGCUCUUAAAAAAGUAACUGAUGAGCGUACUACUUCCACAUGUUGCUACUGGAAUAGUUGAGUGAGGGAUUUUCGAUCAUGCCUCUGCAAAGUACUACAGCUCGGGGACAAUCUUCACAAUCCAAUCGACAAACUACACGACAACCCGGACGCACACCCCAACCCCCAUGAACCGCCGAGCAAAUGAGCCGAUAUUGGAGCGGCGCGCAGCCACUGGGCCCGGUGCGACCUGGACGACGGCUCGUCCAGUUGUAACAAGAACAAGCAGCACAAGCAGGAGCUACUGCGAUCCCGAUCGUACCGACUUCUACAUCAACCAACAACAGGCGUAGGUGGCUGCCCACUUCUACAACUAAUGAGUGAAUGAAUGAACACGACGAAAUUGCAACUUCAGAGCAAACUGUUAGCGAACACAAUCGAUCCAGCGGCUCCAAUUACAUUGCGGCACCUAUUCUAGUACUUACUACUUGGUGCAACUACACCGAUCUUCAGAGACGCCACUUUAUAGAAAUAAUAGAUACUCACUGUAUACAAGAAUCGACUACACAUUGGCGCUUAAAAAAAGUGUUGACUUUUUAUCGAUAAUUGCGAACGAAGAUCCACCUUGUAUUCAAAGGAUAAGAAGCGAUACCAAUGCAGGCGUGGUUCGUAUUAAUAUUGAGAAACAUGAAAUCGAUUUUCGCCCUCGUGUUGAAAAAUGUGUAUGAAUAGAAUAGCACAAUAUACAAGUAUCGUUUAAGCACGCAAGUACGACCCCCUCUCCUGCUCUCGGAGUUACAUGUUGAUAAAAUUAAAACCCAGCAACUUUUAUUGUAAAUUAAAACCAGAACGCCUCGGUGUCUUGGGACAGUGAUGUCUGCGAGGAGCUAGAGAAGGGCGAAGUGAUGCUAGAAAGUGUUUACUGGUGAUCGUCAUAGAAAAGAAAGCUUGCCUCUAUGACCUUGCCGCGAAAUUUUGAAGAUGGAAAAACGAAGAAAGCGAACAAGAUCCCCCGUGGACUUUCUGCACAUUCUUGCCGCAGUGCAAUACAGAUAAGAACGAAGGGCGCGCUUUUGACAUCAUCACGAUGGUAUGGGCGCACUUUUUUGCUGACACAAACGCAGCACAUUUUCCGAG